GACCACCCUUUGCUCGAGUGGAUGGAGGAACGGCAAGUGUUCCUGGAUGAGCUGUUGAGAGGGGACGGUCGCAGCGAUUGCACUGAGGAUUCGACGUGUCGCCACUGCCGAACUGCCACACCUAAGUAUCGGUGUAGAGACUGCUUUGGUGGGCUUAUGUAUUGCCAGGCGUGUAUGGUAGAGAAACAUACGGAGUCUCCUUUGCAUCGGGUGGAGUCGUGGAAUGGAAAGUUCUUCGAACGCACCUCUUUGAAGGACAUCGGACUUGUCAUCCAGCUUAAUCACCCUCCGGGCGAAGCGUGCCUCAACCCCAAGAAAACCAAGAAAAACGACUUCACGGUCAUCGAUGUUUCUGGCAUCCACAACGUCUGCGUCUGGUAUUGUAGAUGUACGAAGAUGAUAACCCGGUACCAACAGCUCCUUCGAGCGUCCUGGUUUCCCGCUACCACCCGCAAGCCCAAGUCAGCUGCGACAUUCCGUGUCUUGGAGCAGUACCACCUCCUGGCGUGCGAGUCGAAAGCCUCGGCAUAUGAAUUUUACAACUCCUUGGCUCGACGUACUGAUAAUUCAAGACUUACUUCUCAAAAGGACCGGUACGACCAAUUCCUCCGAAUGAUGAGGGAGUGGCGCCAUCUCAAAAUGCUCAAGCGUUCUGGGAUGGGCCACCAGUCACUCCCACUCGACGAUCUCCCCGAUGGAUCGUGUGCCAUUCGUUGCCCUGCGUGCCCACAACCUGGCCGCAACCUACCCGACGGUUGGGAAAAGGCCAAGGAUAACCGCUGGCUUUACUCCCUUUUUGUCGGCGUGGACGCAAACUUUCGGCUCAAGCGCAAAAACGUGUCUAACGCCGACUCCGAUCCAUCUUUAGGAUGCGGGUUAAGUUACUUUGUGAGGGAGAAGCCAUAUAAGGAUUAUCUGGCAACAAAAGCGGGCGCGCGUCAAGACCGCAGCUCGUGCUCAAGUCAUAAAGCGGUCAACAUGGCCGCAUCCAAGUGGACGGGUGGACUUGCGACUACCGGAGUAGGGACAAUUGAUUGCGCUCGGCACGGCAUGAAGCUGCCGUGCGGGGUGGCUGACUUACAGUUCUGGGAACGAUAUGCGAACAUGGAUUACAUUGUUUUCUCAGCCCUUCGUUUUCUGCGUGUAAAGGACAUCAACAUCUCGUACGACAUCGCUUGUCAGUGGUGUAAAAAUCUCCGGGAACGCAUCGCCGCGCUUCCGUCUGACAUUUCCUUUGACCAAUUCACGAAAUUCCUUCGCUUUUUCGUCCCAAAAUUCCAUCUUCCUGCCCAUGUCGCUCGAUGCCAGACUCGCUUUUCCUUCAAUUAUAUGCCUGGCGUCGGUCGCACGGAUGGAGAGGCUCCCGAAAGGGGUUGGGCGAAUAUCGACCCAGUCGCCGGUAGCACAAAGGAGAUGGGCCCCGGACAUCGCCUUGAUACGCUCGAUGACUUCUUUGGCGACUGGAACUGGAAGAAGUUGAUUGGGCUGGGCGCGCUAUUCCUCCGGCGAUAUGAAGAGGCGGAAAAGGAGAGUAAAGUGCACACCUUCGACCUUAAGGCCUUCGAGAGCGCGAUACCAUCGUCCACCCUGUUACUUUGGAGGAAAGAGGUGGCCCUUUGGGAAAGAGACCCUGAUGCGAACACGAACCCCUUUGAAAGCCAGUCGAAGGACGUUACAAUGGCCGAGGUCCGACUAAGACUAGCGGAAGAGGAUGCAUCCGAGAGCGCGUUGCCAGUGGAAGGCUUGGAGAACGACAUGACGCCGAGCGCGCUCAUCUCGACCGCCAUCGACCUGCAGGACCAACAGCGCCGACUCCGCGUGGACCGGAGCCGCCUGGGCGCGCACGCUACGGACACGGCAAAGGCAGCUGUUCAGCAUCGUACGACCAUCCUUCGUCGUAAGGUCGAAAAUUGGGCGCGCGUGCAGGUCUACUACAUGCCUAGUGUAGGCCCUUUGCGAGCCGUCGUUCGCUCGCCGGGUCCAAACGAUCAACCCGAAGACCUCAAACUCUGGCUGCCAUCUCAAUUACCAUCGGAUAGCCCUUGCCCCGAUAGACUGUUGACCAUCGAGUUUGAGCUACGUGUCGGGCAGGCCUACGACGCUCUCGCCGGACUUCGCCGCACCCUCCAGCUUCGCUCCUACCUGUACAAGUAUAAGGACAGGUUCAUCCGCGGACAAGGCCUCAACACCAAGGCUCAGGAUACGAUCGAGAAGACUCAAGAUCGUCUUAAAGCGCUACAAGGUACAUACACAAUAGCGUACGGCGCGCUCACGGCACUCCUGCUACGACUGCCCGAGAAGAAGAUGCCAGCGGAUCUCAAGAUACUUGAAGACUCAGAUGUCCGUGCCAUGGUCGAUCACAUGAGCACUCAGUCAGAGGGGCGCCGCCGAAUGACGUGGAUUUGGCGCUCGGGAGAGCUAGGUGAGGAAGGCGAGGACUUUGUAGACGGUCUGCGUGUCGAGUGGUGCAAAGCAAGGGCACGAGCACUACGCUGGACGGAGGAGACUAUGUUAUUGAAAGAAGAAAUGCGGCGUACCCUUGCUUAUCUCGACUGGCAGGCAGUAUGGUGGGAUCAGCGCGAAGACUCUACCAUCGACGAGGGCUCCAGAGCGUACGCGGCUAAGCAAGCAAGACUUCAGCGAUCACUUCGUGAACGCUUUGCUACAACUUGGGUUGCUUGCAUGUAA